AUGGCUCAUACAGUAUUUAUUCUCUUUGUAUGCAUCGGGUUUCUACUGAAACCGCAUGCAACAUUCUACAUCCCCGGUGUUGCACCACUAGAUUUCCACAAAGGAGAAAAUGUCGAAGUUAAAGCUGUUAAAAUGACCAGUACAAAGACACAAUUACCCUAUGAUUAUUAUGACGUUGCUGUCCAUUGUAAGCCAUUGAAUGGAACAAAAUAUAAAUCGGAAAACCUUGGCGAAAUUCUUCGAGGUGAUCGAAUUGUCAAUACCAAGUACAAAGUGGAAAUGGAUGUCAAUGUUCAAUGUCAAACGCUCUGUAAAGAUAUUACUCUAAAUCAGGAACAAAGUGCCACACUGGGAAAACGUAUUCGAAAUAAUUAUUAUGUUCAUCUUCUCGUCGAUAAUCUUCCAUGUGCAACAAAAUUUCAAAGUGUUCAAACACAUGAAGUUUUAUAUGAGCAUGGCUAUCGCUUAGGAAUGUAUACAAAAGAAAGCGAUGAGGCAUUCUUAAAUAAUCAUUUAGUCAUCAAAUUGUUUUACCACAAGGAAUCUGAAGAACUCUAUCGUGUGGUUGGAUUCGAAGUAGAACCAAAAAGUAUCGACUCAAAACGUAUAACUGUUAGUGAUGAUGGCUCGUGUACGAUUCAAAAUGGCAAAACUACUCAAAAAAUCGAUCCCAAAGGAGAAAAUAAAGUGACAAUGACCUAUGAAAUUGAAUGGUCAGCAAGCGAAACACGUUGGGCAAGUCGCUGGGAUACUUAUUUAACCAUGACUGAUGUACAAAUUCAUUGGUUUUCAAUUGUCAAUUCGGUUAUCGUGGUGUUUUUCCUCGCUGGUAUACUAUCGAUGAUCAUUGUCAAAACACUUCGUCGUGACAUCGCCCGAUACAAUCAAGAAGAUUCCGAUGAUGUUACCGAAGAAACUGGCUGGAAAUUAGUGCACGGCGAUGUCUUUCGACCACCUCGCCGUAAGAACGUCCUUGCCGCAUUGAUUGGCUCUGGUAUCCAGAUAUUUUUAAUGUCAUUUAUCGUCAUUGUCUUUGCUGCACUUGGAAUGCUUUCACCAUCAUCGCGUGGUGCUCUGAUAACAGCAGCUUGUUUUCUCUAUGUAUUUAUGGGUCUUGUUGCUGGUUUUUAUUCUGGACGAAUCUACAAGACAAUCAAAGGUUCAAACUGGAAGCGGACAGCUGCUUUGACUGCAACACUUUAUCCAGCAGUCGUAUUCAGCGUUGGUUUCUUUCUGAAUUUUUUCAUUUGGGGAAGACGUUCAUCAGGCGCUGUUCCAUUUUCUACUAUGUUAGCUAUACUUGUCAUGUGGUUAGGUAUCUCAUUUCCAUUAGUUUGCCUUGGCUUUUAUUUCGGCUAUCGUAAACAGCCUUAUGAACAACCAGUUCGAACUAAUCAGAUUCCACGACAAGUACCCGAACAACAAUGGUUCUUACAUCCAGUUUUAAGCACUUUGAUGGCUGGCGUUCUGCCAUUCGGUGCCAUGUUCAUUGAGUUGUUCUUUAUCUUCUCAGCUAUUUGGGAAAAUCAAUACUAUUAUCUCUUUGGUUUUCUUUUCCUCGUCUUUAUAAUUAUCAUUGUAUCAUGCUCUCAAAUUUCCAUUGUUAUAACUUAUUUUCAACUAUGCGGAGAAGAUUAUCAUUGGUGGUGGCGAUCAUUUAUUGCAUCAGGAGGCUCAGCAUUCUAUGUCUUUACUUAUUCAAUCUUUUACUUCUUUACUAAAUUGGACAUCACUGAAUUAGUUCCAUCAAUGCUUUAUUUUGGUUAUACAUUGUUGAUCUGUUUCACAUUUUGGAUUUUGACUGGCACAAUCGGUUUUAUCGCAUCGUACAUCUUCGUUAGAAAAAUUUAUGCUGCUGUGAAAAUAGAAUAA